AUGGAAAACAAGACCGAGGAGAUUAAAAAUGCAGUCCGAAAGGAACUAGAAGGCACAGAAUAUGAAGUAUCAUCGCUAACGCCGCUUUCUGGGGGCACUGCAAAUUUUAUCUACCUCGCUAGACUCCGCAAGCCGCUGUCGGGAGGUGUAAACCAAGUGGUAUUGAAACAUGGAGAAGCAUAUGUUGCUCUGCACCCUGACUUCAAGCUGGAAAUGGUUCGAUGUAACAUUGAAGAAGAAGGGCUGCGACUCCUCUCACAAUUUCCGGCCGUCAUCUCACCACCAUAUGAGGUUGGAACGCCCAAAUUAUAUCAUUUUAAUUCUCAAACAAGCACACAGGUCCAGGAAUAUUUGCCAAACGCAACCAACCUAAAAGCAUAUGCUCUUGCAAAUUUUCAAGGACCUACUACUGCGUCCACCAAACCGCAAUGCUUGCAGCUGGGGCAAAGCUUAGGACGAUGGCUGCGAGGGUUUCACAAUUGGAGUGACCAGCCUGACAAUCAGGGCUUGCAUAAGCUAUUUGCCAAAAACACAGCCAUGAGGAGCAUAAAAAAGGCUAUUAAUUACGACCAGCUCCUUGGACGACUGAGCAUGUUUCCGGCCAUCUUGCAGGAGCAUAAGGGGACUUUGGAGCAGAUCGUAGCCAUGGCUACUGCUGAGCUCGGAGAUGAGAGCAAGCUGAGUGUUAUUCACGGCGACUUUUGGACCGGGAAUAUUUUAAUACCCAAUGCUCCACUUGAUAGCGACGAAGCUGUUCCCAUCCGGAUCAUCGACUGGGAAAUGGCACAGGUUGGCGUACGGGCUGAAGACCUAGGCCAGGCUAUUGCUGAGCUAUGGCAAUUGAAACUGUACAAACAAAUAAAUGCGGCUCUAUGGAUCAUAGAAGGUUUUGUGAGCGGAUAUGGCAAAGUUGAUAGCGAUUUCAUGUUUCGAGUACUGAUUCAUGUUGGCGCUCAUUUGAUAUGCAUUGGCUCAACAACGCCAGGCUGGGGUACCCCAGAGGAUGGACAAGAUAUUGCCAAGGCUGGAAGAGAUGUCCUGCUCAAUGCGUGGAAAAAGAAUGCAGAGGCUUUCCGAGGACAUGACCUCCAACAUGUCUUAGGGUAG